ACAAGCCACCGACACAUAGCCUAAACCCCCCUCUGGAGAAAACAAAAAAGCCCCCAAAAACUGCAACUCCCAGAGAGAAAGAGAGAGAUAGAGAACGAGAAAUGGUGGGGGAGAGUUCAGGGUACAAAGACUACGUAGCCGGGAUGUUAGCCGGAGUUGCCACUGUGAUCACCGGCCACCCGUUUGACACAGUCAAGGUAAAUCUCCAGAAACACAACACUUCUGCCGACGGUAUCAAGUACAGGAAUGGAUUGCACUGUGCUGCUAGGAUUCUCAAGGCUGAAGGAGUAUAUGAUUCCAACUUUUUUUUUUAAAAUUUCAAAAUAACUUUUCGGGUAUAAUUGUGAAUUGCUCAUUAUUCUGAUGUGUUGUGGAUUCUCUUUGUGUGCUUCAUGACAGAUAUUUAGUGCUCUAUAGCUAGAUUGAUCAUUUAGAGGAAAGAUGGAGGGAUCGUUUAUUGGCGGAGAGUAAUGGAAUUAAUUGAGUCUUGAGUUAGAGACUUGGAGAAAGAUUUGAUAAUUCUCAUUUAAUUAGCUUUUCUAGAAGUCGUGAAAAUAUGACAUCACAAUAGUGUCAUCCCUUACCUCAUGAAUCAUGAUGACAUCCUCUCUUAGAUCACGAUUACAGCAUUUUUUAGUGCUGUUAAGUCGAUUGCAAUGUAGUAUUUGUUCAUACUGUUCUCAACCAAAUGAUACACAAUGAGUCAAUGCUUCCUCCUCCGUUGGGGCUCAAACCAGGUUGAUCUUCCCCAUGAAUCUUGUUGAGUGGGCUUCCUACCGCUCAAACCAAGGGAGAAGUUCACAAUUAUGGCAUUGAUGUAUUUGUUUUGAACUAGUUAGCUGUAGCAAUGUGGAAAAGCUAUCCAAGGUUAACUUACUAGCCUUUGGUUUUGAUGUUUCUAAACUUGACAAGAUGUGUUACAACUUACAAAUAUUUUCUGCUCUUAGCUUUUGCACAUUUUUCAAAGUCUCUCCGCUAGGUUUUAUUAUGUGUUUGCUUUUCAGUAAAAUAGGUAUGAUGCUGACAUGUGUCUUAAGUCAUUCCCCCCAAAAAAGUCUCAUUUUUUAAAAUUCCAAGUCACUAAUUGGUAAGUGCUUUUCACAGGUGAAAGGGCUAUAUCGAGGAGCGUCAUCUUCUUUUGUUGGGAUGGCUUUUGAAAGCUCAUUUGCUUUUGGAAUUUAUUCACAGACAAAAAGGUUCCUUCAGGGAGGCAUUGAUGGUGGCCAGCCACAGGCUAAUGUAAUUAUUCCAUCAGCUGCAUUUGCAGGAGGUUUAAUCAGCUUUGUAUUGUGCCCUUCAGAGCUGGUUAAGUGUAGGAUGCAAACUCAAAGCACAGGCUCUCUGCUACCAAGGUCGACUAGAUACAGCGGUCCUCUUGAAUGCGCCAUUAGAACAAUAAAAAAUGAAGGGGUUAAAGGUAUAUUUCGCGGGGGCUUUGCGACCUUGUUAAGAGAAUCUGUGGGAAAUGCUGUCUUCUUUAGCACAUAUGAAUAUGUACGUCAUCAGAUGCAUCUUCAACUGAAAGGGGCUUCAUCUAAGUCAAAUCAAUUGGUUGAUGUGGGAGUUGGCAUAAUGAGUGGAGGCAUUGGUGGUAUAUUGUGCUGGUGUGCUAUUCUGCCAUUGGACGUCGCAAAAACUAUAAUCCAAACUACCCCUGAGAAAAACCAUACACGCAAUCCUUUUCAGAUUUUACAAACGGGUAUCCGGACUUAGAGGGUGUUAUGCUGGCCUAAGCCCUACUCUAGUUAGGGCUUUCCCAGCUAAUGCUGCUGCCAUAGUUACAUGGGAGCUUUCGGCAAAGAUCUUAGGAAUGAGCCGUGAUUAAAGCAGUUUCAAAAUUGGUUGCCAACUCAUUUAGGAUUUUUUUGGCCUUUUGUCAUAAGAAGGCUCGGUCUGGCUUGGUUGGUGUGUCUUUAGAAGGUCGAAGAGUUUUCAUCCUGGUAUUGUGUUUGUGAAGGAUGCUUUCUGUGACGAGGAGGUAGUCAAAAGGCUUUUUGCAAUACACGAAGCACGAAGACAUGAUUUUUUCUAGUAGGAGAUUUAGUCUGCAAUGCUUAUUGUAUACGGAGUAAUAUUUAUUUCUUGCAAUCUGAAAGAAGUUAGACAAUGUCGAUUACAAGGGAAUGUAAAAUUCUUCAUGCAGUGAAAUUUGUGAUUAUUGAAUAAUGAAACAUUUGAUUUAGU